UCUUAAAAACACAACAUAAUUGAACUGGCGUAUUAUACAACUGAAAAUAAAUAAGAAAUAACUUGAAAUGAGUGCUGAAACUAAAGUGAAAUAUUUAUGGGAUUGUGCCAAAGUUUUGGAGCCCGAAAACCACACGAAAAAAUUACUAAAAUCUUAUUUUAUGACAAACUGUCGCAAACUUGCAAAAGCUAAUAUUUAUCUACCAAAGGACAAGUUCUCACAGAACACAAUGUGCCCUCGCUGCUCCAGCAAAUGGAGUGAAACAAAUUAUAAAAUGUUUUUAAAGCCGCAACAAAUUACCUAUUCCACUAAAGCAAAAAAGCAAAUUGAGAAAUUAAAUGAAGCAAAAACUAGCAUCGAAAAAAGAAGAGCACUAACCAGAAAACAGCGCAAGAGGGCCAAAUGGCUACAGAAGCGCGUUCUAAGCAGUGUGGUUAUUGAAUGCGAACUCUGCCAACAUAAGACCUCAAUAAAACUGGAAAAACCUAGGAAAACAGAAAAUGAUAGCGAAAAUAAAGACAAUACAGAUUUAGAAGAAUCCGCAACUCCUGAAUCUAUUACACCCACACUAGUUAACGCAAAAAAGAAAAAGAAGAAAAAUAAGGAUAAAACAGCUGGACUGAAACUUGACAAAAGCAAAAAUUUAACAAAAUUACAUGACAAAAAGCAAAUUGAACCUAGUAUACUUAAGCAAAAAGAACCAACAGCUACAAACACAUCAAAGCCAAAGCCAAGUAAUAAAGUUGCGACUAAAAUAAAUCCUCCAAAUAAAGCAACAACUAAACCCACCACCAAUCUUAGUCAGCCACUCAAAGCUAAAAAACAAAAGCAGAAAAAAGCUAAACCUACGAAUAUAACAACGAAGAUGGUACAAUCUAAAACUCAGCAACAAAAUUCACUGUUACAACUGGCAGCUUUACUAAAAUCCCAAACUACAACUAAAUCUGCCGCUAACGCCACGCAGAAGAGAUUGGAAUCGUUACUUAAAUAGGUACCUCAAGUAGAAAGUAGUAUAAUUAUAGUUAUUAAAGUAGUAAAUAUAUAGUAGAUAAAUAUAUCAAAUUCGU